UUCUCUUCAGUUUUGUUUACAUGUUGCUCUAGGUGUCACGGGUGGUUAUUGAUUCCCUGCAUUUAACACGAAUCCACAUGAAAUGACCAGGAAUAAAAGCAGAGAAAAGAAGAGGUCGAUUAGCCAGACCGAGAGAAGCAAUGGUCAGGAGAAGAAGUCCAGCAGCGAUGAGAAGAGACAAUGCAGAGAGCUGGAGGCCGCCAGACGUCACCGCUUCAACUGUGUCCUGGAGACGCUGCGGAAGGAGCUGCCAAACUGUGAGCCAUGUGCCAAGGUGGAGGUGAUACAUGGCGCCAUCAAAUACAUUCGAGAGAGCAAGGCCUUGAAGGAAAGCCUUCUCAGUGGGAAUGGUUCACUAGAGCUCAAACGUGAAAUUCACCGUUUGCUGAAGCAAGUGGCAGUGUUGAAGCAACGCAAUGCAGUCCUCAUGAAGCUUCUCCAGGAGAUGGGCCUUCGUUUUGACACUGAUGACAGUGGUGGGGAGCUCAUCUGCACAAUACCAGGAACGUGUGUCCAGAACAACUGCACCAAUGCUACAGUGAAGAAGCUGAACUAUGGCCAGCGCACUCCUGUGGUUGUCAGGGAGCAGGUCUCAGACAGCCAUGACGAGGAUGAAGAUGACCCUGGAAUGGACUGUCCUGACCUUGAGCCUCACCCUAAGCCUGAGCCUGAGCCUAAGCCUGAGCCUGAGUCUCCUGAAAAAGUGCAUCGACCUUCCCUUGAGAAUCCCAGUGUGCCGCCCACCAGUGAGCAAAAAUACAGUGCCUCCAAUACAUAUACCAGUCUGCCACAGAGAAAUGGUGGGAGUUUAUGUAGUGGCAAUAGUGAUAUCAGUAGUAAUAGUGACAGCAGCAGUGAUAGUGGUAAUAGUAUUAAGGUUGGCAGUAAGAAACUGGCAGCACUAGCAGUGAAACCAAGUUCCGAGGCUGUGUUCAACACUUCUCAAGCUGUGAUACGUCAAGAGAACAACAAUAUCAUAACCCUUCCUUUAAUUAAUGAUAAGGAGCAAUCAGUGACAGUAUUACCACGGACAUGUGAAAGUGCCCCCAUUACAGUGAGGAGUGUGAGUCCAGUGCGAGUGUUGUCUGAAAGGAGUGUGUCUGACAAAGAAUCCAAUGUAAAUAUUGCUCUUGUUAGGGAAAGAGUUGAUGAUCUGCCAGAGACUGCACAGGAAGCAGAACAGGAAAGAAGUGUUCCAUCCACAAAGGAAAAGAUAGUAGUGGAAGGUGUCGACAAACAUGGGACAGUUACUGUGAGCAUCAUAGAGGAAGAAGACCCCAAGACCAUUAGCUCCCCACCCAAGCAGGUCCCUAAAGUUGGGGUAGAGAGAGCUUCAAAGAUACCAGAGGCUGUGAAGAAGUCUGUGUUUACUUCUUCUGAAACUUGCUUGGGGACACAAAAUGUACCAAGUGUUACCAUACGUUCAGAGGUACAGAGGCAAACAGUAUCCUGUCCACCUCAGGUUGCACCUCAGUCCUGCACUACCUUCCGCACUCCUUCACAGAUGGUCACGCUGCAGGUUCAGGGAGAGGAAAAGAGUGCCACAAAGGGACAAAAGGUCUUUUUACUUCAGUGUGGCAACCCAGGUCCAGGCACUAUUCAGUUAGUGUCUCCUAUCACUGAUAACUCUCAGCGGACAUAUGUGACCUCCUGCCUCCCUGGUGUGCCCAUUAUGUCCACAGGAGGCCCUCCUCCUCUUAUUCAGGGAGGAAAAAUUGUUAAAAUGGUUAAUAGUUCUCCUGUAUUCCUCCUUCCCCGCCAACCAAUCAUCACGCCCAUUGCACCUGUAGCAAGACUGAAACCCAUUGCCCCUAAACCUUGUGCCUGUAAGCCAGUGUCCUCCUGUCCUUCCCGGCCCAUAGUGAGUGUCUCCACUCUCUUCUCCAAGACACAGAUCUCACCUACUAAAAAGGAAGCACUACCAGCCAAAACACCUCCAAAGCCUAAGCGCCUUCUUGAAAAAUGUGAUGACAAACCUAUCAAACGCAGCAAAACCUCUUAUGAGCAGGAUGUGGCAGUAGCAUCUAAGCUGAAUCCUAUCCUGCAACAACAACAGGGACAGCAACAGCAGCAGCAACAGCAACAACGGCAACCAUCCUUGGCAACCUCUCCACCAGCCCUUCCGUCCCCACAGAAGGAAAUGACUAUAGGUCAAGUAGAGAUUCCUGAUGAACAAGGACAAGAUUUACAAGAAAUCUCCACCUCAACUCUAAAUGGCCUGGUGCACUCAGCAAGCAUCAUAGACUGUGUGGAAGAGGAUGCCCUUGGAAACAUCAUGGACAUUCGAGUUGUGGACAUGCCCUGUGUUCACGGCUCUACCAUGGACACAGCAAACAGUGCAGACGACAGAUUGGUUGAGAUGCUGCGCUCCAUUGAUGAGAGUGAUCCAAGAUCGUGUGACUUUUCCCCGCCCUCUUCACCCCCCGUGGUCAACUCAGAGGCUUUUGUCAAACCAGUUAAGUUGUCAGACCCGCAGGAAGCUGCAGAGGUGACACAGGCUGAGACUGUCAGUCACAGUAAUAAAGUGACUCUCCCAGAGACAUCCAGUCAAGAGGCAUCUCAGACAAGCUCACCACCACCAACACUGAAGGACGGAGAGGCCAUAGAAUGUGUAGUUAGUUCUAGAGGGCCCACUGAAAGUUCCCUAAAUAGUAGCUCAUACAGCAUUACUUCUUUGUGUCUCUCAUCUCGACCUCCUGAGGACAUUGAUACACCUAUCCAGGAUAUUCCUUCACACCCACAUCAUUCAUCCUCCAGUACCUACCUCCCUGAGCUUCCAGAUACAUUACCAGAUGGCACAGCAUCCUCCUUGCAUUCUAUAACCCCAAGCACCCAAGCAAGAGUCUCAACACCCCUUAUUCUGUCUAGUUCUAUGUACUCAUCACUUCCUUCCUCACUUUUAUCUCGGGAGCAUCUUCCAAAGGCAUCCUCUGCACCUUCAAUUUGCCAAGUUACUUUAUCCUCUUCCUCUUUUUUGUCCCCUUCUCUAUAUCCCCAGCCUCCAUCCAAUCUGAAUUUGGGCUCUCACCCAUUCACUUUAGGUGCAACAGCACUCUCUAUCCCUCAGACAGCCUUCUCUGACCAUCUUCCCUCUUUUGUUCCCCAUUCAUCUUCUACCAUCACCACUACUGCUACUACCACCACCUCCACUGCUGCUACUUCCACCACCACCACUACCAUUACCAUCAGCUCCACCACUAACACAACCUCCACUACAUCCUCCUCCUUGCCUUCCUCCUCCACGCUUACCACCAAAGUCACCACAAACAAUUUUACUUUCAGUUCUUCUUCUUCUACUGCUUCAUCUGCCUCUAUUUCUACUGUCUCUUCUUCAUCCUCCUCAUCUACCUCCUGCUCCCACUCUCUUUCUUCUGCCUCUUCUCAUUCCUCUUCUUCCUUUUUGUCUUCCUCAUCAUCUUUCCCAUCCAUCUUUUCAUUUCCAUCUUCUUUUCUUCCAUCUUUCUAUUCUUCUUCCUCUUCCUCUUCUAAGCCAGUAUCACAUAUGGGUGUUGAUUCCUUGGUGCAGCCUUCCUGUCCAGCCACUACCUCUUGCUCCUCUUCAUCUUCCUCUUCAUUGUCAUCCCCUGCCACCACCACAAUCACUACCACUUCAGCUUCUCUUAACUGUACUUUAGUACCAAACUUAUUUAUGAAUUCAUCAGUUGUGUCCACUACCUCAGUGCUUCAGCCACCAUCUCUUGCUCCCUUGCCUCUGUCAUCCCCUGCAUCCUUGUUGCUACCAUCAUCAGCUCCAGUCACACUGUCACCUAUCACUACCUCACAUUUACUGCCUCUGACUACCACUGUCUCCCAAGUACUCAGUCAGAAGACACAAGAAUCAUCAAGUUCUGUUUCACUCCUCCCUUCUGCCCUGUCCAUGUCAUCAUUAUCUGUUCCUAUGUCAUAUUCUGUACCAUCUACAUUUUCUGUGUCUCUGUCAUCUGUUAAAAAUGCUCCACUGUCACUAGCACCAUCAACUUUGCCAUCACUGUCCCUCUCAUCAGCUACAGUUACGCCAGUACUACCACACAGCAUUGAAGCAUCACUGCCAAUGUCAUCAGCAGCAAUAGUUUCUUCUCCACUGUCUUUGUCAUCCACGUUCUCAAAAUCAAGGUCUUCAUAUCAGAUUGCUUCCCCAUCAUCCACAUUCUCUUUCUCACUAACAGCACCAUCAUCCACAUCCACCGUAAUUAUAUCAUCCUCUUCUUCCUCAACUUCUACCUCUAACUCCAUAUCUAACUCCACUUCUAUACCUACCUCCACUACCUUUUCCUCUUCAUCUGGCCAGUCUAGUAGUAUGGGGCAAGCAUCUAGUUGUGCCUCUAUAUUCUUCUCUAAUCAUUCAACAUCAUUCCUACAAUCACUUCAAUCAUUGUCAUCCACCAGCACCUGUGCCCCAAGCCCCCUGUCUGUUGAUGCUCUCAGUGCCCUGCCAGGUUGUGCCUCACUUCCUGGACCUUUGUUCACAUGUGCUCCUUCCACUUUCACCUCCCUGAUGAUGCCAGUCACUCAGACAAGUUUGAUGCCAUCACUACCCACUGAACCAUAUGGCAGCAUUGGGUUUGAGGGUCUCUCUCUUGCCUCCCCUGUUUUUGCCACCCUGGGUGCUAAGAUGCAUGAAACAGGUAAAUCAGACCCCAUGGGAGCAGGAGCCAGCUCACUCCUACACUUCCCAGAGGUGCCUUCUUCGUCUUGUGAUCCAGUUCCUAAUUUCACACCUUCAGUAGGAGCUCCAAUCAUGCCCCUGUUGCCCCAGAUGAGGACAGGUUUUGGGGAUACAGAUGACAGAGCUAAGAACUCUCACAAAAAGAGAGACAGUUCUGGUAAUAGUCUUGGAAUUGGUGACAGCAUGUUGCUCAGUAUUCCACCACUUACAGCAACUUCAUCAACAGGAAUAUCAUCAGCAGCACCUAUUUCUUCAGCUGAGAUACCUGUUACUGCAUGUAAAUCACAAAAUCAGACCAAACCUUGCACUUCAAUUAGCUUAAGAAUGGAGAUAUCAAAAUCUUUCUCUUCAAAAAAUGAAGCCAUUCCUAUUCUUCUCACCACAGCUGUAUCAGAGAGACCAAAGCCUGUUCCAUCUUUAACAAAGAGUGAGAAAGAUGUGCCUAUGAUAAACUGUCACAGUAGUGACCAGAAGUCAAAUAGCAAAGUUUCAACACACAAUUUUGCCACUCCUAAUCCAAAAUCUCAGGCAGAAUCUGUGGCAGCUUCAAGCAAGAUUCAAGAGAGAUCAGAAUGCAGAAAGGAGCCUCAACAGAAAGCUUCACAGAGUAACGAAGCAGGAGCAAAACAGAAAAUUUCCAGCAUAGAAGCCAAGGCAAAUGAACAGACAUGUACUGACAUGUUUGGAAAAACUUGUGCAUCAUCUUCAAAGAUGAUGACUGAACAUUCUAGAUUAAAGAAGACUGAGCAUUCUCAGGAUAGUGUGUCUCAAGAUAGCAAACAAAAUAAACAAAAAGAAAAGACUCUUGUAAAAGAAAACAGCAAUUCAAAUCCUCUGAAACAAUUAGAAGUAGAAAAGAAUAGAUCUUUAAAUUCAGAAAUUCCAAAAGAUAAACAAAUCUGUCAAGAAACAACAGAGACUGAUGAGCUCCAAGCAGGAAUCACAUCUCAGAAUCUUUUAGGAAGAAAUAUCAGUACUAGUGGCAGUGAGUCUGAACUUCCUGACCUUUCCCAUCCCGUCCAGGUGACUCAUACAACAACAGCCAUGCUGUCAAAGAGAGCUGAUGACAUUCCUGCUGUUGCUUGCAGUGGGGUGCCAUCACAGUGUGGGAGUGAACAGCUGUUGGCAAGCAUCUCGGAGCAAGAUCUUAACAGUCAAGUCGGAAGCAACAAUAUGCAUCAUAAUAAUUCAAGGAAACAUGAACAUGAUAUAAUCAGUAGUACAGAUCAAUUGAAGAUGAGACCGCAAGUGAAACACCUUUCUGUUCAGCAGCAGCUGGUACAAAAGCAUCAACAACAUCACCAGCAACUGCAAGCAGUCCAAUCCCAACCACAGCAACAACAACAACAACAACAACAGAAGCAAUUACAUUUGCAGCAUCAUCAACAACAGCAGCAGCAGCAGCAACAACAACAGCAACAACAACAACAACAACAACAACAACAACCAGGGCACAACCAGUCUCUUAUCAACCAAACAGCACUACAUAAACACCAACAGCAACCUCAAACACAGCAGAUGACCUCACAACAGCCAAGGCAGCAGAACUCAGUGGUACAGCAACAACCACAGCAAGUAACAGAUCAUUCGUUGCUUUCUCACAAUAGCAACCUUGCCCCAGGGAUCACAGGAGUGGUAGAGGAGGUGAAUACUGUUCUGGGAGACAAGGGAACUUCUAGUCAGAUAAUGCAGACACCACAACAGUCAGGGAUGGGAGUCUCGAUCCCCUACCAUCCUCCUGUCGUCACUGCCCCAAGUUACAUGCAGCCCCCAACGUAUGACUACAACACAUACUGCCGGAAGGGUCCCAACUCUCCCAGAUCUGAUGGACGGCAUCAGUGUUAUGGCUACACAGGGAAGCAUCACCAUUACCAGCAUGGAGAGAUUCUGGCUUUAGAUCCUAACAUGAUAACAGAUCCCAGACUGACCCAUAAUGCCCCGAUGUUGAUGUCCAGCCCCUUCCUUGAAACACCAGAGGAACCAACCCCAAUGCGUCCAGAGCCGUCAUCAGAGCAUGUUCGAUCCUUUUCUGUGAGUCAUCUUGUCAGCCACUCGAGUGAGCCACGUAAGGCAUCAGUCAGUGGCCAGAAGGAUAAUGUUGCCACCACUCAGUCUGAAGAGAAGGCCAAGGAACUGCCACGAAGCAAGCCUGGCACCAGGAAGUCUGAAAGCAAGUCUCGGACCAAUGCUGGUAACAAGAACAGCUCUCAGUCCGAGUCACAUUCUCGACGUAGGAGUCCUGCACGAGGGUCCCAACAGAGCAACAGUGCUUCAGUGUCUGGUGAAAUGUGGGGUAAUAGUAAUAGUAACAAGUCUUCCUCAGCUCACAAGCAAGGCCAUAACUAUUCAACUGAGGCUCUUCUUAGCUCUCAGAAUUAUAGUCGGGCCACACACCGCUCACCUGCCAAUCAGAACUACACCAUAAUGACCCCGAAUCAAAUGUAUCAGAGCAAUUAUUCUUCACAGCAGAUGAAGAAUUAUGUCCCUAACACAUCUUUUGGCUAUACAAGUCAUGACAGAAGUGGACAAAGCAGCUGUAACACAGAUUACAAUUUCCAACUCCACACCCAAGCUUCAGGUUCCCUAACCUAUGGCAGCAAUAUGGCAUACAUGCCUACAGGAUAUCCAUACCAGAACCUACCCUCAUCAUCUUCCUCAAUGCUUUCUGGGGACAUCAUGGCUGCACCACACCCCACAGGGCCUUAUCCCCGCUUUCAUGAUUUCCCAGCUGACCAGAGCAAUUUUCCUCCAAAUCCAACCUUCCCUCUGGCUCUUGACCCCCAGGAUGUGUGUAGUGGAGGGAGCCUGAUGGGGGCGACCAGUGGGGCUAUGGCCACCCGUCCUCCCACUGACAUGCAGUUGGCCCCAACAUCCUCUGUGUCCUCCUCUGUAGCUUACUCAAGGUCCAGUUCCAAUCGUAGUAGUGGCAAUGGAGGCACCACCACCAGCAUCAGUACCAGCAAUAACCAUGUCGGGAGCAACAACAGCAGUGGCAACAGCAAGAGGUCACGUUAUGGAGACACCAACAUGGUCGGGGGAAGCAUGGGAGGUGCAGCCAACCUACUUGAAGGAGGAGCACUCACUCAUAUAUCUCUUCAUUCUUUCACACCACCUUGUGAUGACCCAUCUCUUGUGCACUCCAACCUCUUCCCAGGCACAGCUCAUCGUCAUCAAGGGAACUUCCUUCUGGGCACAGACAACCUCAUGCCCAUCAACACACCACAGUACCCGAGCAGCAGUGCCAGUAGUAUUGGCACCAAUAGUGGAGGAUCUGGGGCUGCAACGCAGUUGGGAGUUGGGAGUGUAACUGGAGUACCAGGGGGUCGGUCUGGGUCUUCUGUGGUCCUCCCACCUGGUGCACCACCUGGUCCUGUUCCCUUUAGUCCUAUCCGAAUGGUGGACCGCCAGCAGGUGAACAUGGCUCCUCCUGUUGCUGCACACUUCUCCUCAUCACUCUCCAACUUCAACUUGACUAGCAUCAUUCCAGAGAUUGAUGGAAAGAGUGGAGAGAGCAACACAGGCAUGGGAUCCACUUCCUCACGCAGUGUCGCAAACAAUGAGGUGCUGAGUGCUGCAUCCUUGUCUAGCCAGGCCCGCCUUGCUCCCAUGCCAUCCUCCCUCCUGCCCCCAGCUGAAUCACUCAAAAGUCUUCCCUCUGAUGCCAACAGGCUACCUCCAGCAGUGCUCAACAACUCCAUGAACAACAUUUUCACUCACACACCUCACCACCAGAUGGGUCUCGGUCUGAAUUCCUCAUUGCCUCUUCCUCCCACUACCUUCUCUGGCAUCAAUUUUCCUACUCCAGAUCAUUGA